CGUGUCCUGUGACUGGAGUCAGGUGGUGGCUGCGGUUGGUUGCUUGUCGCCUACCCUCCACCCUGCUCCGUCUUCCCCGUCCGGCGAGGGCCGGCCCUGCGGGGAGCCGGCUGGAAAAAGUUGGAGGAAAGUUGCUGGCUGGGAAAGUUUAAAAGCGGGAGAGCCGCGGCCCCGGCAGCCCGGCCUCUCCGCCGCACUCCACGGGAGGGAGGGAGAGCCGAGGAUGGCCGGCGGGGAAGGGGCGGGCUGCGGCGCGCCGGAGUGCCGGGAGCACCUCUUCAAGGUGCUGGUGAUCGGGGAGCUGGGCGUGGGCAAAACCAGCAUUAUCAAGCGCUACGUGCACCAGCUCUUCUCCCAGCACUACCGGGCCACCAUCGGCGUGGAUUUCGCGCUCAAAGUCAUCAACUGGGACAGUAAGACCCUGGUGCGCCUGCAGCUCUGGGAUAUCGCAGGCCAGGAGCGCUUUGGAAAUAUGACCAGAGUAUACUACAAAGAGGCAGUUGGUGCUUUUGUGGUCUUUGAUGUCACAAGAGGCUCCACUUUUGAGGCUGUUUCAAAAUGGAAGCAUGAUUUGGACAGUAAAGUACUACUUCCCAAUGGCAGCCCCAUCCCUGCUGUUCUACUUGCAAACAAGUGUGACCAGAAGAAAGAUGGCAGCCAGAAUCCCUCUCAAAUGGACCAGUUCUGCAGAGAAGGUGGCUUUGUUGGAUGGUUUGAAACAUCUGCCAAGGACAACAUCAACAUAGAUGAAGCUGCUCGAUUCUUGGUGGAAAACAUCCUUGCCAAUUACAAAACCUUUCCUAAUGAAGAGAAUGAUGUGGGGAAACCAAAACUGGACCUAGACCCAUUGAAAGCAGAGAGUAAAUCACAGUGCUGCUAAUGCUACCACCGUUCAGUAAAUGUGAUGGGAUGAGCAGCAAGACUUUGCCUUAAAUCAAAAUGCUGCUAUGGUGCUGUGUUGUGACAAUCCAUAUGGGGUGUCUGGUACUAUCUGAAUUGGUGACUCAUUUGGUUGUUUACAUAUUCUUGUUUAUCAUGAAACUGAGUAUCUUGUGAGUUAUCAUUCCACUUGCUUGAGUGUCUGCAUCUAAGUCUGAUUAGUGUCUUCUUACUUGAGAACAUAAGGUAGUGUUUACACUCCUAAAAAGGAACAAAGACAACAUUCAGUGUCUAGUUUGCUUCUAGGGCGUACGCUACAUUCCAAAUAGGACUCACUUUUAGCUGAAUAGAAUCUUGCACCUUUAAAGUAAAUGUUUCCUUUGUCACCAUUUAUGUCCCACUUGAGCCUUCUCACUGGCACAAUUGUCCCUAUUUAUUAUCCCCCCCCAUGAGGAUCUGUCUCAUUGCUAGUUCUCCUGGAUCUAGACAUCCCAGAAAUCUUGAAGGGGCCAAUGACAGAUGGGAGGUAUCUUUUGUAGUGUGAUCACUAAGACUGAGUGGAGUAGAUGGCUCUUACCACUGAGUAAAAACAAGAUGGUUAAAUUAUUGUGUUUAACAAGGGAAAGACAUGGUUAUAGAGAUACUAACAAAAAUGCAACUCCAGCAAUUUAAGGCUGAAUAUUUUCAGCUAAUACUUUACAUAUGAAACACAUUCAUGAAUACAGUUGUACUGCUGGCACAUAGUUAUGGUAACCUCACUCCUAUGCACAUCCAGAAAUAAACAUCCACUAACUUUUUCAUGCAUUAACACUGAAAACUUUACCAAGAGUACAAAAAGUAAGUAUCUUACUGUCCUGUGAUGAUGAACUUGCUUCUUUUUUCUUCUGUCUAGAGAUGGUUCUGAAUACCAUGAGCAAGGAGAGAGGUCUUGAGGGAAAUAGCUUAAUUGGUUCAUGCUAGUCUGUCAACCUUUCUGCCCCAAGCUCUGUCUUUGUCAGUUUUAGAAUAGUGCUGUACUCUUUUUGACUGCUUUGAACUGAUGAACUGGCUUACCAGUUUGUAAGUGUAUAUUGAGAUGCCUAUGUUUCUUUGUUAUAAAACAUGUCUUUUUGGCAGCAAAUGAACUUCAAAAGGAUUAGAGAGAUUUCAUGGGUCCUGAAUGCAUUCUGGAACUCAGCUCUGCUUGGCUCAAAGGCUUUGAAGUUCUUCUUUAUUUUAAGGGUUUCUUCUGUCCUGGUACCUCAUUGCUACUGACUUCAGAAGUCUCAGAAGUCUUAUCUUGCUGGGUUUGAUGGUGCUGAUGUUUAAGUAAACGUCAGAAUUAGGUAUAUGCAGGAUUUGAUAUACUUUAAUCGAUAUUGAGAUUUCUUAGCCUUUCUUUUUUCUAAAGAGUAACAUACUUUUUAAGAGUUAAAUAAAUAUAUUUGGGCAUCUUA